AUGAGCUACAGUAACGAAGACCUUGAGCGGGUGUACUGCGCGUGCAGAGCAAUCUUCAGCGGCACCGAUGCCCAGUUGCGCAAGAAGAAGAAGGUCAGAGAGGUCCUGAUCAAGAACAGGGGCUCUCUGACAUUGCUCUUUGCGAGCUUUGGCGAGGAAAAGACCAUUCUCAUGUCGCAAUUCCUGUUGGAAAACCGGGCAUUCGAAUCUGAUCUCCGCGCCAAAGUCUUAUUUCCGAGCCUGUUUGAAAGCACUCCGCAGCGAGACGCUGAGCGAGAAGCAUCAGAAGCCGAUGCAGUGAGGUCGGUCGCAAACGCCUUGAACGAGAUGAGCCAGUCGGAAGGCGAUGACGAUGACGAAAUUGAGUCUCUUCCCAAAGCAAUUGCUAGAGGGGCAUAUCUCGGUGAAGGGGCAUCAUCCAUUCUCAAAGAUUUUCUUGCCGCAGCCCAUCCUGUCAAAGAUUCAUUGAGCUCAGUUCAUGCUGUAUCACUUCCCCAAGAGUCGGCAGAUGUAGGCGAUGUCGAUUCUGGAAGCACCCUGAUACAUCCGCCACCGUACCCUGGUGUCCCUUCUCUGUACCCCUCCUAUAUCCCUUACAACACGCAACAUACAAUUCUUACAACCACCCAGAGAAUACUGGAAGAAUGCUGCUUCGACUUUGCGAACAAAUGGAUCCCACAUGUCCUCCAGGAUCGAGGUUGGGACUGUGCUUCGGCGGUCGAGCUGACCAAGUGGACAAACGUCUUCAAGAGGGUGGGGCCGAAGUUGCCCGCAAAUGCGACGACGCCGGCCGGCACAUCCAUCAAGGAAGUCCUCGUUCGGACUCAUCAGCUCAGACAUACGGCUGUACACAGACUACCCACUACUGCCCGUGGCGUAAGCCAGCACUUGCGGGCCGCAUUGAAGGUUGCCAAAUGUCUUCAAGACGUUUCUCGUGCUGCUCAGCUGGAAGAGUUGAUGUCCGAAAUCGACGAGAAAAUCAAGGCAAUGGAGCUUACCAAGAACGUCUUGGAGAACCGUACUCUUACGAACCUCGAUGAUAUCCGACGCCAACGUGAAGCACUCGACAGACAAGAGGAGGAAGUGAUCGACAGCAUGGUGAGAGAAGACCGCGAUCACAAAGCACUCGUUGGCCGCCUUCUCGAGACCGCUGUCAACGACAUCUUUGAAAGGAAGUUGGCCAGGGGUCAGAUCUGGGAAGAGGACGAGGAUGAUGUCGCAGAUAUCUAUUACGAAACCAGCGAGGAAAAUGUGAACGGGCUUGAUGGAACUUUUGAUAUAAGCGACGGCAUAGAAUCGGCCAGGGAAGAUGUCUUAGAUACCAACGGCCUUUUGGACGUGGACUAA